GGCCUUAUUUUAAGGACUGCAUUGGAGCAAUUGAUGGCACCCAUAUACCAGUGAAAAUUUCUCCAUCCAAACAAGUACCAUAUAUUGGCCGAAAAGGGAUUCCUACACAAAAUGUUAUGGCUUGUUGUGAUUUUGAUAUGCGUUUCACUUUUGUUUGUGCUGGAUGGGAAGGUACUGCUCAUGAUACUCGUAUUUUUUUAGAUGCUAUACACAGAAAAGAGCUCCAAUUUCCACACCCACCUAGAGGUAAAUAUUAUUUGGUGGAUGCAGGAUAUCCUCACAUGUUGGGAUAUAUGGGGCCUUACAAAGGGGAGAGGUAUCAUUUACCAGAUUUUCGACGUGGAAGUCAACCAAAGGGUAUGCAUGAAAUCUUUAAUCAUGCACAUUCCUCCCUGAGAUGCACUAUUGAGAGGACAUUCGGAUGCUGGAAAAGUAGAUGGAGAAUGUUGAGUACCAUGCCCAACUUUUCUUAUCAUAAACAAGUCCAAAUUGUGGUGGCUUCCAUGGCUAUUCAUAAUUUUAUUAGAAAUCAUGCAAUCAAAGAUUUGGAGUUUCAGCCUUAUGAUGAUAAUGAGGAUCUACUCCCUUCUGAUUGUUUAGAGAUUAAUGAACCACAGGAAGAACUGAGUGCAGAGCAAAGCCAAAUAUUGGGUAACCGUGAGAUGGAUAUUCUGCGUGAUCAUAUUGCUUCUCAACUUAUAGCUCGUUGACUUCUGAGUGCAGUGCAAUUCCACAUGUUGUUUUAUUUUGUAUUUGACCAAACAUGAAUGUUCGUUGUAUUUUUGUUGCUACUACGUCAACAAUGUAAAAAAGUAUGAACAAGGUAAAGUUAGAGAGGAUGGAUAUUAACUAUGUGCAAUCCUUGAUUAA